AUGUUCAUUCGGCGGCUGACGCUUGGUAUAGUCCUUCUGACAAUUGCGGCAUUCUUCUGCGCACAGUCAGUUGAGGCUGCUAAAGGCCCUAAGAUCACCAACAAAAUCUACUUCGACAUUGAACAUGGUGGUAAGAGUAUGGGUCGUGUUGUGCUUGGGUUGUAUGGUGGUACCGUCCCCAAAACCGCCGAGAAUUUUCGGGCUCUCUCUACUGGCGUGAAGAAGGAUGGAACAAAGCUUGAACCUGGUUUCGGAUACAAGGGGUCCAAAUUCCACCGUGUUAUCAAGAACUUCAUGAUCCAGGGUGGUGAUUUCAAGGGGACGGCACUGGCGGCAAGGCAAUCCAUCUACGGCGACAAGUUCCCUGAUGAGAACUUCAAACUGCGUCACACUCGUCCUGGCCUUCUCUCAAUGGCCAAUGCGGGCAAAGACACGAACGGCUCUCAGUUUUUCAUCACCACUGUUGUGACAUCUUGGUUGGACGGCAAGCAUGUGGUUUUUGGUGAAGUCCUAGAAGGUAUGGAUAUUGUGAGGGCCAUUGAGGAUAUUCCGAAGGGUAGGAACGACCGCCCGACAGAGGAUGUUGUAAUUGUCGACUGUGGCGAGUUACCUCCGGACGCCAAGGCGGAGACUGAAGAGAAUGAGGUGCCUCUUCGUGCUGAGCUAUAG